GCUAGCACUUUGUUAUCCGUCACAUAAAUGCAUAAUUAUAAGUCGACCUCGACAUCCCUAAAUCCAAAUUCUUGUUUGCUUUCGUGGAUUUCUGAUUGAAAUAGAAAAAAAUAAAAAGGAAAACCUCCUUUUCCUAAGCUUAGUUUAAGGUGUUAUUCUAUAAACAAUCACAAAAUGGCUAAUUUUGGUGGACCCAAUGACUUCUACACGAGCGGUGAUAAUUCAUACAACUUUGAUAUGCCGGAGUUCGAACAAGAAUUAAAUUUUCAGAAUUUUGAAAAUACACCAACAAAUGUACCCCCAAAUUAUGAUAUGAAUUAUCCCAAUACCAACAACAGUGGCAUGAGUUCAUUUUACGAUCCAAAUGCCUAUGCACCAAAUCCAUACGAUCAAAACGAUAAGGGCUUUAAAGCUGGAGGCGGUGGCAAUACCGGAAAUGAGUUUGAAGAUGAACCUCCAUUAUUGGAGGAGUUGGGCAUAAACCCUAACCAUAUCUUUCAAAAGACAUUGGCUGUUUUGAAUCCCAUGCGUGGAGCCGAUCAACAAAUACUUCAGGAUACUGACAUGGCUGGACCAUUAGUCUUCUGUUUAGCAUUGGGUGGAUUUUUACUUUUGAGUGGCAAAGUGACAUUUUCUUAUAUUUAUGGCAUUGGAGUUAUGGGUAGUAUUGCAUUCUAUUGUUUGCUAAGCCUUAUGGCUUCACAAGCAAACGUAACAUUUGGUGCAGUUGUCUCAGUGUUGGGUUAUUGUUUACUACCCAUGGUGGUGUUAUCAGGGGUUAAUGUCUUGAUAACGAUACAAGGAACAAUCGGUUUAAUUGUUGCUGGCGUGUGCAUACUAUGGUGCUCGUUGUCAGCAUCUAAGCUUUUUGUUACAGCCUACUCAAUGGAUCAUCAACAAGUUUUGAUCGCCUAUCCCUGUGCCCUAUUGUAUGGAGUCUUUGCUUUAAUUACCAUUUUUUAAUCCAUUAAAUCAACGAGAAUGUUAUUUGUGUACUCUAUGUUUCAUAAAUUUAGUUUAAUAUUAUUUCAUUUAAUACAACAAAAUAAAAGAUAAUCGAAAAAUUA